AUGUCAGCAUCUCCCAUAAUUUUCGACCUUGGAAUUUUCGAACAAGAGUUUCCAUUGUUUAUCGGACCGAAUCAAGAAGAAGCAUAUGAUUUUAAAGCAGCUGCAUCAAGUGAUGAAAAUGAUGAUUUUGAGGUUGAUAAGGAGUGUCAUGAUAAAGUAACUUCAAUCUUUAGAGAUGAUGAUCAACAACCAAUCGUUGAUAAUCAACAACAAGAAGGUGCCACAGUCAGCCAUGAUAACCAUACUGCUCAAAUUUCUUCAUCAAGUGUUGGUGAUGAUGAUGAUGAUAUCUUUCUGAAAGAAGAUGACAUAUUCAGCCAUGAUAGCAGUACUGCUCAAAUUUCCUCAUCAAAUACUAAUAGUGGUAUUGGUAAUGAGUGUAACACUGAAACUGGUUAUGAAAGUUUGGCUUUCCAGGUUUCUAACCUUCCUGAUUGUACAACAGGUUCCAGUCAGAACACAUUGCAAUGUGCAACCAUUUCAAUGGAAGACAAUAGAAAAUCUUCCAGUCGAUUUGACACCUCUGCACAAGUGAAGAAGGGCAGAAGAAAGCACUCCCCCAAAAAAUUAGCUGAACAGAAAGAAGAGGAAAAGCAGGUCAAGAAGGUUGUGGAAACACAAGAAAAUCCAACACUUAAAUGGGAACACACAAAGAUAUGUUCUAAGAAUACAUAUUUGGAGAUUGAUAUUGGAGAGAGAGAAUUCUCUUUAAGUAUUGAAGUAUUCCAAACUGGCACUGGAAGCCAUGGACCACUCGAAGAACUUAAGGAACACAUACAAAAAGUUAGUGAUCUUUCGAUAACAAUUCAAAACUUGAACACCACAGAGAAAAAUUAUAUUUCCCUACAAGAUCAUCUCCCGAAAGCCACAUGCAAAGAACGUAAAAAAACAACUUGGAUCAAACUUGGUGGUGGAGACUAUUUGUUUUUGUGUUGUGAUGGACACAAAUUCGAAAAUGCGCAUAAUUUUAUUUCAAUCAAUAACCAGGGCAUUAGAACUCGAAACCAAAAUCUCAAUCAAUACUCCAAAAAGUGCAAAAAAGAUGCAACUCGUUUAAUAAUUAGUUCAGACCUAUCUGAGUUAAACACUCUUAAGAAGCAAUGA